AUGGGUUGUUCUAAACGUUUGAAACCGGCUGAAUCUUUAUCUAUACAUUUUAUUAUUUCAAAUAUCUAUCUAUCUAUCUAUCUAUCUAUCUAUCUAUCUAUCUAUCUAUCUAUCUAUCUAUCUAUCUAUCGUUUCCUGCAAACUAGUUGGAACAUUCCUAUACUUGUUUGCGGCGGCACUACGACACUUCUUCACUUGAUAGGCUGCUAUGUUUCCUUCGUUGAAUUCGGUGCUCUCCCUCCUCACGCCCUCUCUCUCUCUCUCUAUCUAUCUAUCUAUCUAAAUAUAUAUGUCUCAUUCUUUCAAUCUAUCUAUCUAUCUAUCUAUCUAUCUCUCUCUCUCUCUCUCUAUAUAUAUAUAUAUAUAUAUAAAGCUCUAUUUCUAGCAUUCUUUCAAUCUAUCUAUCUAUCUAUCUAUCUAUCUAUCUAUCUAUCUAUCUAUCUAUCUAUCACAGUCUUAUUCUUUCAAUCUAUCUAUCUAUCUAUCUAUCUAUCUAUCUAUCUAUCUAUCUAUCUCUCUCUCUAUAUAUAUACAUAUAUAAAUAAAGCUCUUUCUAGCAUUCUUUCAAUCUAUCUAUCUAUCUAUCUAUCUAUCUAUCUAUCUAUCUAUCUCUCUCUCUCUCUCUCUAUAUAUAUAUAUAUAUAUAUAUAUAUAUAUAUAAAAGCUCUAUUUCUAGCAUUCUUUCAAUCUAUCUAUCUAUCUAUCUAUCUAUCUAUCUAUCUAUCUAUAUCUAUAUAUAUAUAA